AAACGUGAAUUUUGCUCGUCGCUCACAGAGAGUAUCGAGCUUGGAUGCGGCGACGACUUGUGGAAUUGCUGGCGCUGCUGGCGGCGUCCACCGCCGCCUUUGUGUGCGAGCCUGGCUUUGGCUACGAGGCGUCAACGUGCAUCGAGUGCCGCGCUGGCAGCUGGAACGACGGGUCCCAGGAAGCGUGCCAGCGCCCGUCGCUGUGCUCGUUGGGCCAAGGCCCCAAAGCCGGUGCUGUCAACGCGACCGACUGCAUGAACUGCCCCGCCGGCUACUACAGCGACAACGACGACGAGACGCCGUGCAAGAUCAUCCAAUGCGCGCCUGGUUUCUUCAGCGAUAAAAUCGCCGCGGUGGACGCCACGAGCUCGUGCGUUGCUUGUGCCCCGGGGUCCUUCUCGACGGGCGAAAACGACGUGUGCCACGCGUGCGCUGUUGGCACGUAUGCCGGCCACGGUCAAGGCGCGUGCUUGCCCACGCAGUGCCCGCCAAACACCUCACCGCAGACGAAUGCAACGACCGCCACCGACUGCGAUGUGUGUGCCCCGGGAUUCUUCAGCCCCGGCGGCGACCACACCUGCGAGCCCAUGAUCUGUCCAUCGGGCUUUGAGCCCAGCGCGACGCCGCGUGCCAUCGACGACUGUCGGCGCUGCGCUGGCGGUCAAUUUUCGACCGGGGGCAUUCAAAUGUGCGCCAAUACGACGUGCCCCCGGGGCACAUAUGCCCCGGAUGGUGCCAGCGACGCCACUGAAAGCUGUGAAACGUGUCGUGCUGGUUGGGUCUCGCUUGGUGGCACGACGAGCGAAUGCACACAGUGUGGUAAUGGUACCUUUGCUCAAAGUACCGCCAAGGAUGACAUCGGCGCGUCAGCGUGUACGCCCGCGACGUGUGCCCCGGGCCACUAUGCGCCACCGGCGUCCACCAGCGCUUCAGACGACUGCGUACCGUGCGCGUCGGGCGCGUUCUCCAUCGGCAAUGACGCGACGUGUAAACCUGUUGACUGCCCCGGUGGCACUCAACCCCACGCUGCGGCGGUGAACGCGACGGACUGCAGCGUCUGCCCGCGCGGCUACUUCUCAGCCGGCGGCACGACUCCUUGCGCCGCUGCCACGUGCCCGCGCGGAACCCAAGCCGAUCUGGGUGCGACCAAGAAGGACCAAUGCACGCCAUGCCCGUCGGCGCAGCAUUCCACCGGUGGUAGUGGCUUGUGUAUGAGCCCGCAGUGCGACCCGGGGUACGAACCGAACGCCGACGGAGAGACGUGCUCGAUCUGUGCGGCGGGGACGUUCUCGGUCGGCUACGGUGCGUCCUGCCGCCCGACGACGUGCCCAGCCUCCACCGAGAGUUUUCAAGGUGCGUCCGACGCGAUCGCCGACUGCGUGCCGUGUGAUGCCGGGUUUGCGUCUCCUGGUGGCCAAGCACGCUGCUCGCGGUGCCCCGUGGGGACGUUUGCGUCCGUGGGCUCGGCUGAGUGUGCCCCAACGACGUGCCCCGGCGGGUACGAGCCCAAGCCGCAGCCGAUGCAUACGAGCGACUGCGUGCCUUGUCUCGAUGGCUACUUUAGUGCGGGCGGCAACGCCACGUGUCAGCCCGCGACGUGCGCCCCGGGGUCCACUGCCAAAGCCAAUGCCACCGCCACCGACGAUUGCGUGCGCUGCGCUCCGGGGAAGUAUGGUCGUGGUGGCGCCACGCAGUGCAAGGAAGCGGCGUGCAAGCCGGGGCACGGGACACCGCAUGGCGCGACGAACGCAACGACCGACUGUGAACCCUGUGGCGCGGGGGCGUUCGGUGCCGGCCGCGGCGACGCGUGCGCGCCCACAGCGUGUGCCCCGGCGUUUAGCUCCAAUGCCACGACUGCCACCGACGCGACGUCGACCUGUGACUCUUGUCCGAUUGGCUCGUACUCGACUGGGGGCGCGAUGCAGUGUACGCCGAUGCAGUGCCCUCCUGGGAGCGCGGGCAAGCUCGGCGCCACGCACGCGACCAACGACUGUGCGUCGUGCCCCGACGGGCACGCGUCGAGCGGGAAAGCGUCCGCCUGCGUCGAGUGCAAGCGCGGUUUCUUUGCGGCAGCCGGUGACGCUGUAUGCGCGCCAGCAACCUGUGCCCCGGGGUCGCAAGCCAAUGUUCUUGCGGUGCACGCGACUGACUGCACGGGGUGCCCGCUGGGCACGUACGCCAAGGGCGGGUCGGACGUCUGCGCGCCAGUCCCGUGUGCCCCGGGCCUCUUUGCGCCAGAGCAAACCGACCGGUGCGAGGUGUGCAAGCCAGGCAGCUACUCGAACGGCUCGUCGGUGUGCAAGCCGGCGCUGUGCCCGCCCGGCCAAGCCUCCAAGAACGGAUCGACGUCCCCGACCGACUGCGACGACUGCCCGGUUGGGUACUUUGGCCUAGGCCAAAACCAGCCGUGUCGCCCGACAACGUGCCCGGACGGCUAUGCGUCUGCGACCAAAGGCGCGCAUCUCGAACGUGGCAUGUGCCAGCUCUGCCCCGUCGGGUGGUACAGCCCCGGUGGCGCUGCCCAGUGUGCGCCAGGAACGUGUCAACCCGGCUGGUAUCUCCCGGAAGGCGCGGGCACGUGCCAAAGCUGUCGGCAAGGCCAAUUUAGCCUCGGAAAAGACAAGCCCUGCAAUGAUACCCAGUGUCCUGCGGGCAUGGCAGCCCCCGCCGCCGCGGACAGCGCUACGGCGCGCUGCGUGAAAUGCCCCGCUGGAUUCUUUAGCCCUGGUGGGACCGUCGACUGUGCGCCAUGCACGUGUGCACCCGGGUUUGGCUCUAGAGAAGGCGCCAACUCGACGACUGGUAGCUGUGGGCAAUGCCAAGCUGGCUUAUACUCCCCCGGCGGCAGCGCUCCAUGCAAGACCAUGACGUGUCCGCCAGGAUCCUCGUCGGCGGCGCUAGGGGCGUCGACAGAACGGGACACGUGCAAGGUCUGCGCCGGUGGCUCGUUCAGCCACGGCAAUGCGACCCAGUGCCAGCCGACGCAGUGCCCACCCGGGUCAUUCGCGCCGCCGGGCGCCGUCGAUGUGGUGACCAACUGCACGGUGUGUGCAGCCGGCCAGUUUUGCGAAGGCGGCAGCAAAGGCACGGGCGACACGAUGUGCCAACCCGGGUUUGCGUCGCCUCCUAACGCGCACUCGCCGAAAGAUCAGUGCUCGGUGUGCCCUCAAGGCACCUUUAGCAUCGGCGGCACGUCGCAGUGCGAGCCGACGACGUGUGCCCCGGGCACCGCGGCGCCUGCUGGCGCCACCGACGCCAAGGAUGAGUGCACCAAGUGCGCCGCAGGCACCUUCUCACCUGGUGGCGCGGUGGCAUGCGUCGGCCCCACAACGUGUGCCCCGGGGUCGGCGUCCCCGGCCGCCGCCGCCACGACCAAUGGGUCGUGUGCGCUCUGCCCCAUUGGCUACUUUAGCCCCGGUGGCGCUGUGCAGUGCAAGAUAACGGUGUGCAAACCAGGCUUUGGCUCGGCGCAAGGCGCGUCGUCAUCGGACGGCAACUGCACGCAGUGUACCCCGGGGCACUUCUCGCCGGGCGCUGGCUUCGACUGCGCCCCCAUGGCGUGCCCGCGCGGAUGGGCGUCCAACUUUACAGGUGCGUACCGCAGCAUUCACCGCUGCGAAACGUGCGCCGCGGGGUUCUUCUCGCCUGGCGGUGCGGCGCAGUGCAAGCCGACGACGUGUCCACCGGGGUACAGCUCUCCCGAGGGAGCCGAUGUGAGCGACCGCCAGUGCUCACCGUGUAGCCCGGGGUUCUUUUCAAAAGGCGGCACCGACCAAUGCAAACCGGCGUCUUGCAAGGCGGGCAGCGCAGCUCCGCAGGGUGCGACGGCACCCACCGACUGCCUCACGUGUGCGACCGGCUUUUACUCGACGGGCGGCUCCACAAAGUGCAUUGCGUGCGGCUGUGCCCCGGGCACGACAUGCCACGCGUCUACUGCGUCGACGUGUGCGGCCUGUCCGGUGUCGACCACGACCAGAAACAGCUACGGCGGUUGUGUCGCGAAACAGCGGGCAACCAACUACGUUAGCGCCGUCUUGACGCUUGGCGGGUACACCCCGGGGUACGUCGGCCCCGUGCUUCUCGAUGCGCUCCGCAACGCGCUUCGGUCGCUCUCGGGCGCCACAAGCGUCGAAGUUCGCAACGUCGAGGCGGCGCCGCCCGCCGAUGUGGACGCCUUUGCUCUUGGCGGCAGCGUCAUCAGCCUCCACGCCGCCGUCAACGAGAGCACCCAAAGUGCGGUGCUAGCGUCGCUCCAGGCGGCGAAUGCAAGUCUGCUGCAGCAGCAACUGCAGUCCGACGGCUGGAGACGCGUUAGCGCGAUUACUCUUACUAAAGUUGUUGCGCUGUACCAAGGCGUGCCGGUACCGACGACGACGAGCGCGUCACCGACCACGGCACCGACCACGGCACCGGGUAGUACGGCUCCGCCGAGUGGGUCCCCCAUAGCGGCACCCGACACCAACACUGCUGCUGCGACCAACGAGCCAUCGGUGCAACAUGUGACCAAGUCGAGCGCGCAUUCCAACGUCAUCAACCUCGUCGCAUGCAUCACCACCACCAUCGUGGUGCUGCUGGGGCUCGAGGCAUAGUCGAUUUUGGCUCGGACGCCGCCGUUUACAAUACAUUUUUCUGUCUUAAGUUUCAUGUUGUUUCCUGUUCGAAAUGUCUUCUCAAGACAAUAUAUAGACUAUGCUACUAACUUUUAUUAUCCAUUCUAGACAAUUUGCC